GUCAAGUAUGGAAAAAUCCCAAUCACAGUGGCAAAAGCUGGAAAUUUCUUAAAGCUGAAUGGCCUCAAAACAAAAGGAAUAUUCAGAUUAGGUGGCUCAUCAAAAAGAGUUAAAGCUUUACAGGAGAUUUUCAACACUCCACCAUAUUAUGGCAAGAAAUUAGAUUGGAAGGGUUAUACAGUCCAUGAUGCUGCCUCAAUUUUGAGAAGAUUCCUAAACUCCUUGCCUGAACCAAUAAUACCUUUGAACUCCUACCAAAACUGGAGAACGCCUCUAAAUGCUGUUAAUGAUUACAAACUAUUAAUCUCCCAGUUGCCUCUUUCCUCAAAACAGCUAUUGUUUUAUAUCUUGGAUUUAUUAGCUGUGUUUGACUCGAAUUCAACUGAAAAUCUCAUGCCUGCAAAAAACUUAUCUGCCAUCUUUCAGCCAUCUAUUUUAUCUCAUCCACAGCAUAAUAUGGCGCCAAAUGAAUAUCUUUUAUCUCAGGCAGUUUUGGAGUUCUUGAUUGAAUACUCCUAUAGAUUAUUACCAAAUUCAAAAACUAUUGAUUAUUCAAUAUGA